GUUUAACCUCGUCUCGCACAAUCUCUAAUACGACGAGACUUUCGAUUUAGCCGGCUUUGUUUACAAAUUGUAAUUUUCUCUUAAAUCCUUAAAAUUCCAAGAUGAGUAAGGCACAUCCACCAGAGCUGAAAAAGUACAUGGAAAAGCGGCUAGCGCUGAAGUUGAAUGGGGGUCGCAAGAUCAACGGAAUCCUGCGAGGCUUCGAUCCUUUCAUGAAUCUUGUCAUUGAUGAGACAGUGGAGGAGACUAAGACCGGCGAGAAACACGCAAUCGGAAUGGUGGUCGUUCGUGGUAACAGCAUAAUUAUUCUUGAGGCGUUGGAUCGAGUCUGAUGGAAUAUCCCAGUGAUAAAUAACAGUUGGUAGUUAACAAGAAUGUGUUUCUGGUGAUUCAAGUUUCACGAUCAAGUGUUUAUUCUAAAAUAAAAGACAGAUUAAGAAGUUCAGCCCACAUAUGAGUGGUAUUCAGAAGCAUACGUUUAAGUUGUCAUCAGAAAAAUAGCAGGCAUCUUCAGGUUGAACCUGAAACAUUAUUUUAAUGAACAAUUCACAUAUUAUGGAUUUCUCAGAAAUGUCAUUCCUUCCACAGGUUAUUCAGCAAUCAUGUCCACAAGUCUCUCAUUUUGCGUAACAUUUUCAUUUAUGUAGAUCAUUGUUUUGAAUGUACAGUUUUGUUUGAUGUAAUUUUAAUAUUUUCAUGUAAAUAAAUGCUUGAAAAAUG